UCUCGGAGCCACCGUAACCCUUCCUCUUCUCUGAGCCAACCAUUCACCAUCAUCACCAUCCAUCACUGUCUCUUCCCAGCCACCUCCCUUCACCACAACCGCCGGCGACAACCCGCACCGCCGCGCCCUUUUUUCUUCUUCUUUCCCUCUUCUAGCUUCCACCGAGCCCAGUGCCAUCGCGACGUUACCCUCGCGCCUCCUCUCCCGGCCGAACCACCACCACGAACCACCCGCCACCACUCCUUACCGUCGGCCUCGACCCAGAACCCACCGCGCCGCCGUCGCAACCUUCUUGGCUCAGCGCCGAACCAGUCUCCAGCCACACCAACCUCUUCUCAUCUCUCCACGAACCCUGAUCCACAUCCCCGCGAUCUUUCCCCUGUCCGAACCCUAGCGCCGCCGUCCCUGUCGUUCAUCCGCACCUCCGCGAGUCGCCGCUCGCGCCAGGACCUCCGCGUCGCCAGCGUCAUAGCUCACCACCACCCUUUCCUCUUCCACUCGCGAGCUCCACAAACACCUGUUGCUCCAAUUCCUCUUCACUGCCUGGAACGGCCAGAACAGGGUGCAGCCCCUGUGUCUUCCAACCCUCCGUCUCCCCUGUUUCUCAGCCUUGCAACGCAGCGCUGCUCUUCUUCGCCACCUCAGUCUGAGUAUCACCGCUGGUGCCGCCACUUUGGCCGGCCGCUUCCACCCUUCCUUCCCCUUCCUCCCUCUGCUCUGAUUCUGCACCCCAGACUCGUCGUCUUCGGUCCUUAGUGGUGGUGGAUCUGAAAUUCUGCAACACCUCUUCCAGAUUCGCAACCCUUUGGCGAAUUCAACAGUGUUAAUCAUCUUCGAUUAUAAUCUCUCCACUGAGACUUAGAUCGAUCCAUAUUAUUCGAGUCGCCACUACAAAAAAAAUGGUGCUCACGUCCUCUGCACGUGACUACGUCAACCGCAUGCUGCAGGACAUCUCCGGCAUGAAGGUCCUAAUCCUCGAUUCCCAAACGGUGAGUAUUGUGAGCGUUGUGUAUUCACAGUCAGAGCUUCUUCAGAAGGAAGUGUUCUUGGUGGAGUUGGUGGAUUCCAUAACCAAGUCGAAGGAGCUUAUGUCGCAUCUCAAGGCUGUUUACUUCCUUCGCCCUACGACGGAGAACAUCCAGCAUUUGCGCCGCCAGCUCGCCGCUCCUAGAUUUGGGGAGUAUCACCUAUUUUUCUCCAACAUAUUGAAGGACACUCAGAUUCACAUACUUGCUGAUUCAGAUGAACAUGAAGCUGUCCAGCAAGUUCAGGAGUUCUACGCAGACUUUGUUGCAGUUGAUCCUUAUCAUUUCACUUUGCACAUCCCUUCAAGUUAUAUUUAUAUGCUCCCGGCUGUGGUGGAUCCUUCAACACUGCAACGCUUCUGUGAUCGGGUUGUUGAUGGUGUAGCAGCUGUCUUUUUGGCAUUAAAACGGAGACCAGUUAUUAGAUAUCAAAGGACGUCUGACAUUGCCAAAAGAAUAGCACAUGAAGCAAAUAAACUGAUGUACCAAGAAGAAAGUGGUCUUUUCGAUUUUAGGCGAACAGAAGUUUCACCACUGUUGUUAGUGCUUGACAGGAGAGAUGAUCCUGUAACCCCAUUGCUCAAUCAAUGGACCUAUCAGGCUAUGGUUCAUGAAUUGAUAGGAAUCCAAGACAACAAGGUGGACUUGAAAUCCAUUGAUAAAUUUUCAAAGGAUCAGGAGGAGGUUGUGUUGUCGUCGGAACAAGAUUCAUUUUUCAAAGCCAACAUGUAUGAGAAUUUUGGAGAUAUAGGUAUGAAUAUCAAGCGGCUGGUUGAUGAAUUUCAGCAAGUGUCAAAGAGCAACCAGAACAUCCAAACGAUAGAGGACAUGGCCAAAUUUGUUGACAAUUAUCCUGAGUACAGAAAAAUGCAUGGGAAUGUGUCAAAGCAUGUGACUUUGGUAACAGAAAUGAGCAAGAUAGUACAACAGCGAAAACUUAUGACAGUUUCACAAACAGAACAGGAACUGGCUUGCAAUGGAGGACAAGGGGUUGCGUUUGAGGCAGUGACAAAUCUACUAAAUGAUGAUAGCAUAUCAGAUGUGGACCGGCUGCGUUUAGUCAUGCUAUAUGCUUUGCGAUAUGAGAAGGAUAGCCCUGUUCAGUUAAUGCAGCUUUUCAACAAACUGGCUUCCCGAUCUGCCAAGUAUAAAUCUGGGCUCGUCCAGUUUCUUUUAAAGCAAGCAGGUGUUGACAAGAGAACUGGUGAUCUUUUUGGAAAUCGAGAUCUAAUGAAUAUUGCCCGUAAUAUGGCCCGUGGGUUGAAGGGUGUUGAGAAUGUGUAUACCCAGCACCAACCCCUUCUUUUCCAAACCAUGGAAAGCAUCGUCAAAGGACGGCUGAGAGAUGUGGACUACCCAUUUGUUGGAAAUCACUUUCAACAAGGAAGGCCACAGGAAGUAAUCAUCUUCAUUGUUGGUGGGACAACUUAUGAGGAGUCAAGGUGUGUUGCUCUACAAAAUGCCAGCAAUCCUGGAAUUCGGUUUAUACUUGGUGGCUCUUCUGUUCUCAAUUCUAAGAGGUUUAUUAGGGACCUGGAAGAAGCUCAAAGGGUAGCUCGUUUGAACACCAGCAUUGUUUGAAAUCCAUCCUGGCACAAUUUGCAUUUUGAGGGCUAUAUAGAAAAAUAUUUUGCAGCUUUGGAUUGGGAAUUUCUGUUUUGCAACCAUGUACAUGUAUAAAAAAUCUUAAGCCUUCGGUUCUAAACGCACCGUUUCAGGCGUAGUUAAUUGCCGAGUACUGCUGUUGAUCCCAAAUUUUCAUUGCAUUGGCAGCAUUGCAACUAGUAACAACUCUUAUGGUUAACUCAAUAAAU